AAAUUAAAAAGAAAUAUCAAAUCAAUUUCAAGAAAAAAAAAAAUAAUAAAUUAGAGAGAAAUGGCAAGCAUGAUGAAUCUAGUACCUACUCUUACAAAGCUCCAAAAUGCAGGAGCUAUCAUAGGACAUAAGCCUUUAAGAACUAGGGUUUUUCUUGGUGCAACACCCAAACCUUUCCAGGUAGGUAAACGACACCUAGGGAUGGCAUUUAAAGAUGAGGCACGCCACGCAGCUGAAAAAGGAGUCGAUGCAGCGAAACAAGGCGCUGAGACGGCCAAAAAAGCCGCCCAAGAAGUCACAAAUGAGACUGCCUCUGUUGCUGAUGAGGCGGUGAGGAAAACGAAGGUAAUGGGAGAAAAGGUUGCGGAUGCAGCACAAGACAUGGCUGGAAAAGCAAAAGAAACAGCCCAAGAAGCAUGGGGAUCAGUUAAGGACACAACCCAAAAAGUGAAAGACACUGUGCUAGGCAAGGCUGAAGAAUCCAAAGAUGCUAUUAAAAAUAAUGUGAACCGCACCAUGAACAAGAAUUGAAAAACUUUUUAAUUCUUGACACAGAGACAUUAUCUCUCAUUCCUGCACCCUUUUUUUUUAUUUUUUUUAUUUGAAUGUUUAAAGGUUUAAGUUUCUUUUGUUGAAACCGCAGACACAAGUUUGCUGAGUUUACCAUAUUUCUUUAGUUAGGUAUAAAUACAUUUAUCUUUUAUAAUUCAAGGUGUAACAACACUGACACAUCACAAAGGUUGUGUCUAUAUAAUAUACAUAUAAUUAUGCUUCUGCUAAUCAAAAUUAGGGGUGUCAAAUGAGUUGAAAUAGAAAUUGUGUUGGGUCAUGACCUGCUCAAGUUUACUUUGGGCUCAAAUAUGCUUAAAAUUCGGAUUGAGUCAU